GCUCUCUAAAAAUGGUUCCUCUACGAUUACAAGCUUUUAAUACUAUUAAAGCACUUUUUUAUUUUUGUUGAGAAAAAUCACCUGAUUAUAUAUUUACCAUUAAAGUUUGGUUUAAAAACUAAAUGUUUAAAAUGUCUCACAGAAAAUGUUGAAUAAAUCAGAAACGACGCAAAUAGAUUUUGGAGAUUUUGUAUUUGAAACGAUGUUGUAUUUGUUGUCUUUUGCAGCUUCUUCACAUUAUUAUAGUCAUACCUGAUCUCCUUUCACCGUGCAUCUGAGGAUUGAGACUAAAUCAGGAUGUUGACCACUGCUGUUCUUAUUCUUAUUGUCACCAGUAAAGUUGUCCUAGGACAGGAUGACAGACGGCCUGUUAAAGAACAGAUAUAUCCAUUGGAUAUGGCAGAGAAUUCAGUUGAUGACCAGUAUAAUGGCUGUGCAGCCGACAUGAACAACUUGGUGGAGAAGGAAGACUAUCUAAACAAAGAAAUUAAAGCUAACAUAGGCUUUAAAAAUGCUUGGAGGGAAGGUCAAAAAAGAACCAAGGAUAAACAACUAGAAACCUUAACUAGAAACCAUUUAAUUGCCAUUUAUGUGUAUUCUGGUGUUAAAGGAGGCCUAUAUAAAGACUUCAAUCAGGAUGUUAGGACUGGUAAACAGAAAUACCAAAACAAGACAUUCUCAUGGUAUACACUUUACUUUUGGUUGACACGAGCGAUACAGACUCUUAAGGAAACGCAAAAUGGACGCAUAUUAACUUAUCGUCGUACCAAUGUUACAUUUAAUGGUGUCAAUAACACAGAGAUUCGUUUUGGCUCAUUUGCGUCCUCCUCUCUUGAUCGUGAUGUAGGAUUGGACUUUGGAAAUGAAUCUUGUUUUGAAAUCCAGACUUGUCACGGUGCUGAUGUGUCAAACUACUCCUGGUACCGUGAUCAGAAAGAGGUGUUGAUUCCCCCAUACGAGAAAUUUAAAGUCACUGAUAUCAGGAAAGGUCAGAAGGAUGACUGGUGUAAGACUGUGUUGAAUAGCACUGGUAUAGAAAGUAACCUAAACUGUAAAUUGUUCUAGAAAAUUAAAUAGCAAAUGUUAUUAUCUCUGAAUGAUCAGCAUUUACAUAUUAUCAUUUUUCUUUGAUAUAUUAAGCAAGCUUUCAGGAUUGCAGCUUAAAUGAUUUUUUUUAUCACAAGCAGAAUUAUA